CAGUCCGAGCCAACUUCGGGGUCGUCAGCGCUAUUCAAGUAUUUAGCAUAGUCAAUAGAAGACAUAAUUUCUCGCUGUUCUCCUUCCUACAGCCAUUUACUCACUCCUCUCUACAUCUCCAGUACUUCUGACGAGAGUAUCCUCACCUUUUCCCUGUCACAGCUUUCUCACUGUUUCUGUUUGGCGAAGAGACUACGCGCCUACUUGGUCCGCUUUCUCCGUGCUGGAAUUACUUCUUGUUUUGAGAAUGACUUACGCACCGCCCAACAUGCAGGCCGGCGACGAUCUCGCUGCGCUCUUCUCUCGUAACCUAACUCUACAACCCCAGCCCGCCCCGGCUGCUCAAGAAACCCCGAAAGCGCAGGAGCCGGAGCAGACCCCCAUCGUCUAUUCCAUCACCCAACACUACCACCACUCUGCGCAUCUCGCCCGCCAAGAGGAGCCACUCGCCCAACCCCAGCGACCGUCGUCCGAACCGCCCCAAACCCAGCAACCAUCGGCCGAAGCCAUUCUGAGUUCGCACGGCAUAAAUUACGCGGCGCUAUCUGCCGCCCAACUGGAGCUCUUCAAGAGCGCAGAGGACUCCCAGAAGAUACGGCUGAUCGAGCUGUGGCACUUCUGCCCUCCCACGAACACUCAGGACAGCCUAGUCGUGUCUUGGAUUCCUACAACAGUUGAGCAAGAAGAACUUCUUGCCAAACUUCGUUACGAUCGCAGGCUAGCGGAGGAGCAGAACCAAAACAUGAUGUCGAUGGAUGGCACGCCUCUUACGCCGGUUCAGACCGGGGACGGGCGCUGGGUUGCCAUGUCGGACGUUGAGCCGUACAUGAUGUCUGGGUACGAAGCGCUGGCUCAGCGGGAGUACGAAGAAUCUGCAAAGCAGCAGUACGUGCCGAUAUCCAAAGACGUCUACAACCACUUUGGCAUUUCUGUUGCCGGCCCUACCUACCGCCCGGCAACGGAUCCCGUGUACGAUAACGAUUGGACGAGGCAGCAGCAGGCCAUGGAGAACCAGUACGGAGCCUUUCAGCAGAUGGACGGUAUGGAGCUAUAACGAAGCCUUUGUAACGCCUAUACAUAUCCCCCCCUUCCUUUGGCAGAUUCACUCAAGCACACAGCAUAGCAUAGUUAUAGUACAGUU